AUGCGCAUUCGCCUUGUUGAACAACGAAUGGAUAACAAAGGGCAUUGGAAUGAGACAGAUGCUUCUCCCUAUAUUCUUCAACCAAUGAGGAUAGGUGCAGUGCAACUUGACUGUGAACAAUCCUGUAGCGUUGGAGUGUACAUAGUGACGCCAAAGAGUGGUUCAAAGACUGAAGGAAUGAACAAGCCCAGCUGGUGCCUCAGCGCAUUGCCUCCGGAUUUGCCUGCUUGGCCUCCAGCUCUUCCUGACUGUGUGAAAAAUGCCGAUGAGACGUCCGUGCUUCCCGAAAAUUAUGUACAGGUGGCCGUUCUGUGGAAGGCAAGCGUUGUCAACAAUGAAGGACAUGUGUCCUCCGUAAUUGGUGAAACAUUCAUUGACGAUUCCUUGCUGAAUUCUUUCCUGAAAUCGUCUGAAAAGGGUUGUAUGGCUACUUCGAUGUCCGAUCCAAUAAAGAGUGAUCGGGUAGGAGAUCAGCUUGUAGAAGGAAGCCCACUUGUUAUCACAUGUCGCUCAAUCAAACCGAUCAUUCACAGUUUUACUAACAACAGGCUCGCGCAAUUCCCUCUCGAAGUGGCUGUUACUAAUGUAGACGAGAGGAAACGCUCUGCAUCAGUGUCUUUGAAGUAUUCUCCAAAAGUUCAAGAAGCAGUGUCAUCUCUAACACAACUGCCUCCAGAAAAUCGUCAGCAGUGGUGGAUCGAUAGAGAAGUUGUAAAGGCCGUUGUUGAGAAUGGGCGCAGUGAACUGUUUCGAUUUGUCAUCAGGUGAUG